CCUUCCUCUAAGUAACUUGGCGCUGUGACAGUACAGCGAGCACACGGGUUAGCCAGCCUGACAGCAAUCUUCCAGUAAGCAAAGGAAAUCUCUGCAUUGUCCGCAAGGAUCUGUAUUAUUUGUGUUAUGAAAAGAGAACACUGGCGCUCUCUGGACAGCGAUUGACCAGCAUGGCUGCAGCGCCUCCACUCAGACGGACAGAUUCGGCUCGGGGGGAGUUUUCCCCUCUCAAGCACUUCGUUGUGGCCAAGAAGACGAUAAGCGAUGUGUUUGAGAAGCUACUCAGCUAUGUAACGGAGACUUCAGAGUUUGUAGAAGACAUCAGUGGGAAUGCAGCUUUGGAGAACAUUGCAAGUCAGGAUCAGAAGGAACAGAUUAAGGCAUAUGCAGACAAACUCUGUGUCAUUAAGGAGGUGCUUGCACGCAGGCACAUGAAAGUGGCCUUUUUUGGCAGGACCAGUAAUGGUAAAAGCACAGUGAUUAAUGCCAUGCUGAGGGAUCGCGUGCUGCCCAGUGGUAUUGGCCACACCACCAACUGCUUCCUGAGUGUGGAGGGCACUGAUGAAGAUAAGGCCUACCUCAAGACAGAUGGCUCAGAUGAGGAGAAGAGCAUCAAGACUGUGAACCAGCUGGCUCAUGCACUUCACAUGGAUGAAAGUCUGGAUGCUGGCUGCCUAGUUCGUGUCUUCUGGCCGAAGACCAAGUGUGCCCUGCUUCGAGAUGACCUGGUACUUGUAGACAGUCCUGGCACAGAUGUCACGACACAACUGGACAGCUGGAUUGACAAGUUUUGCCUGGAUGCUGAUGUUUUUGUGCUGGUGGCAAACUCUGAAUCUACACUCAUGAACACGGAAAAACAUUUUUUCCACAAAGUGAAUGAGCGUCUGUCCAAGCCAAACAUAUUUAUCCUCAACAAUCGCUGGGAUGCCUCAGCAAAUGAACCAGAAUACAUGGACGAUGUGAGGAAGCAGCACACAGACCGUUGUGUGAAUUUCUUGGUGGAGGAGCUUAAAGUUCUGGACCGUGAGGAGGCACCCAACCACAUUUUCUUUGUCUCUGCAAAAGAGGUGCUCAACUCCCGCAUGCAGCGUGCACAGGGCAUGCCUGAAACAGGUGGCGCUCUCGCUGAGGGCUUCAAGGAGAGACUAAAGGAGUUCCAGUGCUUUGAAAGGAGGUUUGAGGAGUGUAUCUCGCAGUCAGCAGUGAAAACAAAGUUUGAGCAGCACACUAUCAGGGCCAAGCAGAUCACAGAACAAGUCAAGAGCAUAAUGGAUGCCAUCAACAUCGAGGCUGCGGAGAAGAGAGUGGCGGCACUGGAGGACAGAGAGUAUCAGAUGGAUCGGCUAGAGUUUGUUAAGAAUCAGCUGAACUUGCUAAUCGAGGACAUUAAAAAGAAGAUUAAGGCAAUCAGUGAGGACGUGGAGUCCAAGGUGUCCACCGCUAUGGGGGAGGAGAUCUGCCGCCUCCAUGUUAUUGUCGAUGAGUUCCACACUGACUUCCACCCUUCGCCUCAGGUCCUCAAAAUUUACAAGGCUGAGCUGCUGGCUCACGUGGAGGAGGGGAUGGGCAAGAACUUGGCUUACCGCUGCUCCAACGCAGUCAACGCCUCUGUCCAGUCCACCCAGCAGUACAUGAUAGAGAGCAUGCUUCCACUGCUUCCCUCUUCAACCCAGAGCCAAGUCUCCAUGCUGGUGAACAGCAGGAAGUUUGACAUGAGCUACGACCUAAACUGCGCCACACUUUGCAGUGACUUCCAGGAGGACAUUGAGUUUAAGUUUUCGCUGGGCUGGAAAGCAUUAGUCCACCGCUUCUUGGGACCUUCCAAUGCAGAGAGAGCUCUUCAACUGGUGGACCAGAAAUUUCAGGCACCUCGACCAGCACUGCCUCAGGCCCAAACACCCUCCUCGGGACCCCCCUCGAUCGUGGCCCUGCCCAACCAACAGACAGGCCUCAUGACCCAGGAGGACUUGAUAGUAGCCAUCGCUUCCCUCAAUUCCCGCACUUCAAUGGGUGCACUCGUCGUUGGAGGAGUGGUGUGGAGAGCAGUUGGCUGGAGGCUGAUUGCCCUGUCAGCUUCUCUUUAUGGCUUGCUGUACCUGUACGAGAGACUCACUUGGACCACGAAGGCAAAGGAGCGUGCUUUGAAGCGGCAGUUUGUGGACUAUGCAAGUGAUAAAAUGCAGCUCAUGGUCAGCCUUACUAGUGCAAACUGUAGCAAACAAGUCCAACAGGAGAUGGCAACAACCUUUGCUAGGCUCUGUCAGCAGGUGGACCAGACACAGAGAGAGCUGGAGGCAGAAAUCCGUCAACUAACAGCAAAGAUAGAUCAGCUGGAGACCGUCCAGAGCCGCUCCAAGAGCCUGCGACAUAAAGCCACCGAGUUGGAGAAACAGCUGGAGGAGUUCACAAAGCAGUACCUGCAGCCUCAGCAGUGAAGAUCCCCUUCUUCAUAGCUCAGCUCUCUUUGAGCCAGUCAUUCCUCAGUCCGGUGCCGCCUCACUGCAAGAUCACCUAAACUGCAACAGUGGUUUACGUGCAGAUGUUUUGAUAAUCAGUGAAACGACAUAGAUCCAGCCAGAAUUUCGAACUUCUACGACUUUCAAAUAUUCAUUUAUAGUUUUAUUUUGUUUGUUUUGUUUUUGUAGUUUUUGUUUUUGGUACACCGGGAACAGUUUUCAAUCAGUGGGCGCUUGUAAUUCUCUUUUUUUUUUUUGUCACUUUGUAGAUUUGACCAUUAAUCCUUUAAAAAAAAAAAAAAAAAAAAAAAAGAUUAUUGGUGAUUAGCAGAGAGACAGGUGAAGGCCCACACACAACAGUAUAUUACCUUGUCCCUCAGCCAACCAGGUGUUUCAGGCUCUUAAGAAGCAGUGAAGAAACUUUAAAACACAUCUACCUGUAAAGCGAACACAGAAUCCUGUUGUACAGAAAUGACAGGGUGACUAUAAUCCUGGUCGGCGUGCAGACUACCGGUCGGGUGCUAUAUUUGGACACUAAUGUGCUAACUGUGAAUAUGCCUUUUUUUUAAAAAAUAACUUUUAUGGAGCAAAUGAAGUUAGUGUCUGUAAGACUGUACAUGCAUCUGUUUGGACACAUCUACUGUAUGUUUAAAAAA